UUUAAGAAGUAUUAGGUAGAACAGUGAGAAAGAGAGAAACAGUUGAACCAUUUGAUCAAAAAUCCAAAACAAGCACUGGAACUGAUAUAUUUAGCAGACGUAUUCGCCAUCAUUGUGGCAUUUAGCAAAUCUACAUGUUGAGUUUGUUUUCAUGGAAACAGUUUCAUAUGUUUCAGUCUGUAUUCUGUCUAUCUUCUCUAUCAUCUGCUGACCUAAUAGCCAAACCUUCAGCAAUGGUUGUGAGCUCCACCCAGUUUGAUCUCCAGUAUAAAAACAGGGGGCGCAGCACAGGAGACCAAACCAAGAGUUCAACUUCUGCAGCGUUUUACCUCCGGCAAAAUACUGGUGGGGAAAAAAAGACAUCUUUAUAGCUGGAGAAGCUGAAGUCUGAUCAAGGAUUCUCAGGGAGAAGAUUGCAAACUUUAUAUGCAGGAUUUUUCUUUUAAUUAAAUAGAUUUUUUUUUAAUGUAUAUAUACUAUUUCUAUUCCUGACGCUUUGUGUCCGAGUUUAAAGUUAAAAUGCCUCCGCUAAAUCAGAGCGACUUUGUGGAUGCGUACGACGUCCCGCGGGACGAGAGUCUGGCCCGGGUGGAGAUCGCGCUGCUCGGUGCGAUCUUCGUGACCGCCACCAUCCUCAACACCGCCCUGCUGCUGCUCCUCUGGCGGCAGCGCAAGCAGAUGUCCAGGAUGCGCGUCUUCGUCUUCCACCUGUGCCUGGCGGACCUGGUGGUCGCCUUUUUCCAGGUGUGCCCGCAGCUCAUGUGGGACAUCACGGACCGGUUCGUGGGACCCGACCUGGUGUGCCGCCUGGUGAAGUACCUGCAGGUCCUGGGCAUGUUUUCCUCCACCUAUAUGAUCGUGGUGAUGACGGUGGACAGAUACCAAGCCAUCUGCAACCCGAUGGUGAAGUUUCAGCGGGCGCGCUCGAGACUGAACGUUCCCGUGUGCGUGGCGUGGGGGGUCUCUCUCGUGGGGAGCUUGCCGCAGGUUUUUAUCUUCUCCCAAGUGGAGGUCGCACCCGGUGUGUUUGACUGCUGGGCGGAAUUCAUCCAGCCCUGGGGGCUGCAGACCUACAUCACCUGGACCACUCUGGUCAUUUUCAUCCUGCCGGUUUCCACGGUGGUAGUUUGCCAGGUGCGCAUCUGCAGAGCCAUCCAGACCAACCUGUCCAGAAAGACUCACAGGCAGGGAGUGAGCGUCGGGGCGCCGCUGCCAGCAAGAGCCAGCGGAGCGGCUGGGAUGUCCAAAGCCAGGGUGAAGACGCUGAAGAUGACCGUGGUCAUUGUGUUGGUGUAUGUGAUGUGCUGGGCUCCCUUCUUCACCGUGCAGCUGUGGUCCGCCUGGGACGCAAAUGCGCCUAAAGAGACUGCGAUUUUCACCAUCCUGAUGCUGCUGGCCAGCCUGAACAGCUGUGCCAAUCCCUGCAUCUACCUCCUGUUCUGCGGGGAGUUCCCCAAGAGGCUGGUGAAACUCCUGCGUCCACCGGCGCUCUCUGCCGGUAAGAAUCCGAUGCGUGAGGAAGUGACGCUUGUCAGCACUUUGUAUACGAGCUUUAAAAAUGCCUCAGAGUCAAAGGGAUUGUAAGGCCAUGUCAUAAAAAAGGGUGGGAGGGGGUAACAUGGAGACCUGCUUGCUGAGAAGAGCUUACUCUGAGCUCUCUUUGUGUUUGACAGAGAGAUGAAGACAAAAUAUCAAUCAAUCAAUCACUUUAUUUUGGUAAAUUGUCCACAUUAAACACAGGAAACAACAAAAGAAAAAAAAACAAUAAACAAACCCACAGUUUACCAAAAAAGGAAUAGGCCGAAGCAUAGCUGAUUCUUGCCUGCCCUGUUUUUAUACCUUACAGCCUACCAGGAUAUCUUCACAAUACAUAUAUAAAUCUACAUAACAACGUAAGAUUUUAUCAUUUUACAUUUUAAAGCUCUUUUAAAGUUCGCCAAGAAAGGACAUAACUUAAAUUCAUCGUUCAAUUCAUUCCACAGUUUCACACCAAUAACUGAAACACAUCUAGACUGUAUCUGGCUCUUCUCGUUUGCACAUAAAAUAUGAUUUAUCUGUUGAUGUUUCUAACGUUAUUGCUUGUCUCUGAAGCAAUUAUCAGGAGAGCAAAUCAGGGAUGGAUGGCCGUAAAUGAGAUGUGGACAGAGUCUCCUUCAGAUGUUGGUCUGAAAGGUGAUUUUACUUAAAUGGAGCAUUUUCAACUGGAUAAAGACUUUUUUUUUUUUUUUCAUGUAACAGGAUAUUUCUAAAGCCUGGAAGAGAUUGGACUUUUGUGGGCUCUUAUUUUUAUUUUCAGUUGUGCAAUGUUUUAUUUUUUUAUAUAUACAAAGGUUUUUGGAAAGAAAUAUUACAGACACAAUAAAUUGUACCACAGAUUGACAGUCAUUUGUUGGAUCUGGGUUUCAUUGUUCAAUAAUAAUCUGCUGGAAAAGCUAAAGAACAAAAGUCUUUGUAUAAAUGUACAAAAAGGUUUGAUGUUUUUGCUCUGAAAAAAGUGUUCAUGUUUGUGAUGAAGGGAAAUUUUCUGACAAGUGAAUAAUAAAUCUAUAGAGGCACUAUUUCUGUUACUUUCUUUCUGAGGUCAUAUGAAAUGAUAAUAUUACAGGCAUAAACUUGAAAUGAAUCGUGUGUUACAUUGUCUUGCUAAAGUAUUCCUGCCCCACGAACAAUCCCAACUUUUUAUGUUACAACCAGGAACUUGUAUGUAUUUUGCUGGGAUAUGUGACAGACCAUAAUAAAUUAUUAUAUAAUUGUGAAAUAGUAUUGAAUACAUUGUUUUCAAAAUGCUUUAUUAAAUAAACUGAAUGAAAACUGAGGUGGCAGCAUCGUGGCGUGGGAUGCUUUUCUUCAGCGCGAAUCGGGAAGCCAGCCAGAUUUGAAUAUUCUGUUUAAAUUAAAUGUUUAAAGGAUCCUACUAGCCAUAGUUGGACUUUGUAGCCGUCCUUGUUAAACAUCUGGAAUUAGCGUAUUAUCUACAGGUCUGCAGACUGAUGAGGAAUUUUAACACGAGUAGCGCAGCUUGCCAGCAGCAAGACGACAAAUGUUUGACUUUCACCUUGUAUACAUGCAAAGAACAUGUUGGAUUUAUUUUCACUGCACCAGCUGAAAACAAGUUAUGUUUCAAUGCUGUCGUGUCUCUUUCUCUUCAUGUGAUAACAAAGGAAUCUGAAUGUAAUUUUUUCAAGGUUAAUUUUAAAGUGAGGACACAGAAAGUUUAUCCUUCUUCUUGACCAAGCUGCUUAUUCAUGUAAGGCGUUUCAAGUUUAAGAAAUAAUAGUGUCAGUAUUAGCAGCUAGUAUUCACUUGGAGAUGUUUUAUUUUCUCAAAACCCUGAGUGUGAGAAACACAAUUAAAGUGUUACUAUUAAUAGGAGGAAUAAUUCAAACAUUUCCCAUUUUAGAAGAGGAGGAUGAGAAGCCCUGUCUGUUUACUUAAGGAAAAGAGACUCUACAGUCAUGUGUCCUUACUCACUCACUUAUUUAUUUACCUUUUGAGAGAGCUACACCAGACUUUCCAGAAGAAUGACAUGAACAUCAUGUCAUUUUGGGUUAAUAAAACAUUAAUGACACUGGGUUUUUUUUUCAGUGUACAAUUACAAGUUCAACUACUUUUAAGAACAUGAGUUAGGUGCACAUGUUUGAUUUAUAUACAUUUGUAGAUUAUCUGCAAUUUGCACAAGAUUAAACUUAUACGUACA